AAGGAAUUCAGUGACGUCACACUUGACACACCCAUUGCUACUGAGAAGGUUUCGUAACCUGACCUAAUCAUAGCUCAUACAAAUCUCACCAAUUCCACCAGUGAUAACGCAUUCAAAACCUGCCUAUUUCACCAGGAUACAUAUUUAUUAGUAUGUAAUGCUUAAUUGUUCGUUGUUUUAGGUCGAUGAAGCAUGAAUAAAAAGGUUCAAAAGGCUCUAAUAUAUGUAGGAAAACGAUACGUACUUUCAUCGUCGAAAAUCCAAACCAGGAUCGAAGUGCCUAAGUGGAUCUACUUCCACAAAGAUUCAGACAGUCAAAAAAAACAGGAAUUGUUAAAAGAUCUGUCUAUAAGCAAUGAUUUCAUUGACGACGACGAGGAGAAAAGCAUAAUGGACGAAAUCGGCCCUUACUUGAAGAGGAUGAGGUAUGAGUAUGAUCACUGGGACAAUGCGAUACAUGGUUUUAAAGAAACGGAAAAGCUUGAAUGGAAUGCGAAAAACAGCGAAAUAUUGAAACGAGUCAGGGAGUUCGCUUUUCCAGAAGGAUCCGGCCAACUUCCCCAUGUCCACAUAUUAGACCUUGCGGAGAACGGUUACAUAAAACCGCACACGGACAGCGAUCGCUUCUGCGGCGAUGUGAUCGCAGGCUUGAGCCUCCUGACUGACUCCGUAAUGCGAUUCAUAAAGGCCGAUGAUAUUACUUUCGAUGUCAAGCUGCAGAGGAAGUCCCUGUACAUAAUGAAAGGCUGUGUAAGAUAUGACUUCACCCAUGAGAUUUUGUCGAAUGAAAAUUCGUAUUUCAACGGUGAGAGAGUCGAAAAGAAAAGGCGAAUUUCGGUCAUUUGCAGAAGUGAACCUCGAUGAGAAACUAGAAAUCAUCAAUCAUUGUCAAAAACCUGUCCUUGCGUUUUGAUCACCCCUUGAUCGCAGAUCAUUUUUGACAACAAAAAUUCUCUAAAAAAAAGCCAGCAAUGAUAAUCAGGGAUGAUCCAGUGCAGACAAUUUUAUUCAAUAGUAUAUAUACUUUAGAUAAA